AUGAGUACUAAAAACAACAUUUCAAACAGUCAUUCGGCUGCUAAUGCUACUGCUGCUGAUUCCAGCGGUGAAAGUGUGGCUAAGGGUUCAAACGUUAGCGGUAGAGCAUGGAAAGUGGCCAAGGGCCAGUUCAGAGUGGGCAGUCGACAGGUGAAGAACAAAAAACUCAGUUCCUGGGAGGUCAAGAAACAGAAAGUGCUGGAAGACAAGCAGUUCAAGCAAAAGUUGAAGGAGCUGAAGGACGAGAAGGACCAGGAACAUAAAGAUAAGAUCCAGGCUUUGAAAGACCGCAGGGAAAAGAAGGAAGAGCAAGAGCGAUACGAGAGAAUGGCCACCAAGAUGCACGCCAAGAAGGUGGACCGCUUGAGACGUAGGGAAAAGCGCAACAAGGCUUUGAAGGAGCGUUGA